CUAGAUGGUAUUGAUGUUAAGGAUCUGAACGUUGGUUGGCUAAGAAAUCAUAUAGGCCUCGUUGGGCAAGAACCUGUCCUGUUUUCGACAACAAUUUUAGAAAAUAUUAAAUAUGGUAAACUAGAUGCAACUCAAGAAGAAAUUGAGACUGCUGCCAAAAUUGCUAAUGCGCAUAACUUCAUUGAUGCCUUACCAUUAAAAUACAAUACUCUUGUGGGAGAACGUGGAACUCAGCUGAGUGGCGGUCAGAAACAAAGAAUUGCUAUAGCUCGUGCCAUGAUCAAAAAUCCUAAAAUACUAUUACUGGAUGAAGCCACUUCAGCAUUGGAUACUGAGAGUGAAGCUAUAGUUCAAGCUGCUCUAGAUCAGGCUCGUAAGGGUCGUACAACUAUUGUUAUCGCUCACAGACUUUCUACCAUAAGAACUGCUGAUAAAAUUGCUGUUCUGGCUGAUGGACGCAUAAAAGAAACUGGAACACAUGAAGAAUUAAUGAAAAGAAAAGGUCUUUAUUAUCAGUUGGUUGUUACACAGACUAAUACAGAAGAGAAAACGGAGGAA